UUUUAAGCCACAGAAGGGCAAAGUGAAAAACUACAAAACUAUAGGGGGUUUUUUUUAAAGUUUUCCCUAAAAAAAAUUCCCCAUAGCACCUCAUGAGGCCCAACACAACCUCCUCCUCUUUUCCCCCUCUCCAACACUAUUUGAAUACAAUUCCUCAUUUAGCUUCACCACUCACCACCACACCCGAAGCACCACCACAAUAACAAUGUCCUCUCCUCCUCCUCCUCCGCCUCGUCCUCCUCCCCUUUUCCUCUCCCUCUCCCUCUCCCUGCCAAUGCUGCUGCUGCUGCUGCUGCUUCUCUCUCUUCCCCCGACCAACCCCCACGCCGCCCACAGCAUCAAACAGGCCCAGAUGAUGCUCAUGGACCCCCCCGAGAAAGAGACCCUCUUCCGCAUAAUGGAGGCCAUGUCCUCUGACAGGGACUGGAGGGGCUCUACCCCUGACCCCUGCAGCCCGGGCUCCUCCUGGCCUGGGAUCGAGUGCAAGCCCAGCAGCGCAGAUGCCUACUUGCACGUCACCAGGCUCGACUUCGGGGCCUCCCCGAACCCCUCCUGCAGGCCCAACGCCACAUUCCCCUCCGAGCUGGUCUUCGACCUCCCCUUCCUCCAAUCCCUCUUCUUCUUCCGCUGCUUCACCUCCGCCAAAACCACCCUCUCCUUCCCCCUGCAGGGACCACCGGCCUACGCCUCGCUCCAGCAGCUCAGCCUCCGAUCGAACCCGGCCCUGCUCGGCGCCAUUCCGCCCCACAUCUCCCUGCUCACCUCGCUUCAGGUCCUCACGCUCUCUCAGAACCACCUCCACGGGAGCAUUCCUCGGGGCCUCGGCGACCUCACCUCCCUCGUCCGCCUGGACCUCAGCUACAACUCCCUCUCGGGCCCCAUUCCUCCCCAGAUUGCCGGCCUGAAGAGCCUCGUGGGCCUCGACCUCAGCUACAACUCCCUCACCGGCGCCGUCCCACCGGCGAUCGGCCAGCUGCCUCUGCUCCAGAAGCUCGAUCUGAGCUCCAACAAGCUCACGGGGAGCAUUCCGGAGAGCGUGGAGAGCCUCGGCUGCUUGGUCUUCUUGGCUCUCAGCAACAACAUGCUCAGCGGGCGGCUCCCAGAUGGGCUGCAGAAGCUGCAGAACCUCCAGUGCUUCAUAAUGGACGACAAUCCCAUGUUCGCCCCGCUCCCCGCUCAGCUCGGCAGAUUGGCCAACCUCCAGGAGCUGAGGCUUGCUAGCUCGGGAUACUCCGGUACCAUUCCGGGGAGCUUCGCUUCGUUAAGCAACCUCACCACUCUGUCCCUGGAGAACAACAACCUCACAGGGGAGAUACCUGCGGGUCUCAGCGGGCUGAGGAGGAUGUACCACCUGAAUUUGAGCAGGAACAUGCUAUCAGGGGUUGUGCCCUUCAACGCUGGGUUUCUGAGGAGGCUCGGGAGGAACCUCGACUUGGGUGGGAAUGUGGGGCUCUGCUUGAAUGAUUCUGAGAGCUAUGAGAGCGCGCAUGCCGGUGUCGAUGUGUGCGGAGACAACAGUACUGGAGCUUUUGCUGCCUCUUCAUCUUCAAUGCAGAAACCACUGGCCUGGGGGAGCAGGUGGAGCUUCAUCUCUUCUGCCUUGUGGAUUCUACUAUCAAUUGCUGGGUCUCAUACUCUCAUGGGUGUUUGGGAGUGGUACUAUGUUCUACUCUAA